UUCAAUUUCAGAUAUUUUGCGGAAAAAAAAUGCAACAUUGCAAGCAUUUCAAAACGAUGUCAAGUGGGCCUUGGAAUCUAUAGAAGCACAACCAGGCUAUCACCCUCAUCAGUCAGAUGUAGUAGAGUUUAAUGGCAGAGAGUCAUAUAAAGGAUCUGUUUCUGUUGAUGCAGUGAUUGAGUCUGUCCUUGAAGAUGCAUAUGCAGGUGACCACCCUCAUCAGUCAGAUGUAGUAGAGUUUAAUGAUGGAGAGUCGGAUGAAGGAUUGGGUUCUGUUGAUGCAGUGUUUGAGUCUUACCUUGGAGAUGCACAUGCAGGUGACCACCAUCAUCAGUCAGAUGUAGAGUUUAAUGAUGGAGAGUCGGAUGAAGGAUUGGGUUCUGUUGAUGCAGUGAUUGAGUCUGUCCUUGAAGAUGCACAUGCAGGUGCCCAAUCUCAUCAGUCAGAUGUAGUAGAGUUUAAUGGCAGAGAGUCAUAUAAAGGAUCCGUUUCUGUUGAUGCAGUGAUUGAGUCUCUUCUUGAAGAUGCACAAAAUGAAGAGUCAGAUAAAGGAUCACAUGCAGGUGACCACCUUCAUCAGUCAGAUGUAGAGUUUAAUGAUGGAGAGUCGGAUGAAGGAUUGGGUUCUGUUGAUGCAGUGAUUGAGUCUGUCCUUGAAGAUGCACAUGCAGGUGACCACCCUCAUCAGUCAGAUGUAGUAGAGUUUAAUGGCAGAGAGUCAUAUAAAGGAUCUGGUUCUGUUGAUGCAGUGAUUGAGUCUGUCCUUGAAGAUGCAUAUGCAGGUGCCCAAUCUCAUCAGUCAGAUGUAGUAGAGUUUAAUGGCAGAGAGUCAUAUAAAGGAUCCGUUUCUGUUGAUGCAGUGAUUGAGUCUGUCCUUGAAGAUGCACAUGCAGGUGCCCAAUCUCAUCAGUCAGCUGUAGAGUUAAAUGGUGGAGAGUCAGAUAAAGGAUCCAGUUCUGUUGAUGCAGUGAUUGAGUCUCUUCUUGAAGAUGCACAAAAUGAAGAGUCAGAUAAAGGAUCACAUGCAGGUGACCACCCUCAUCAGUCAGAUGUAGAGUUUAAUGAUGGAGAGUCGGAUGAAGGAUUGGGUUCUGUUGAUGCAGUGAUUGAGUCUGUUCUUGAAGAUGCACAUGCAGGUGCCCAAUCUCAUCAGUCAGCUGUAGAGUUAAAUGGCGGAGAGUCAGAUAAAGGAUCCAGUUCUGUUGAUGCAGUGAUUGAGUCUCUUCUUGAAGAUGCACAAAAUGAAGAGUCAGAUAAAGGAUCACAUGCAGGUGACCAAUCUCAUCAGUCAGAUGUAGAGUUUAAUGAUGGAGAGUUGGAUGAAGGAUUGGGUUCUGUUGGUGCAGUGAUUGAGUCUGUCCUUGAAGAUGCACAUGCAGGUGACCACCCUCAUCAGUCAGAUGUAGAGUUUAAUUUUGGAGAGGCAGAUAAAGGAUCCGGUUUUGUUGAUGCAGUGAUUGAGUCUCUUCUUGAAGAUGAACAUGCAGGCGAUCACCCUCAUCAGUCGGAUGUAGAGUUUAUUGACGCAGAAUCAGAUAAAGGAUCUGGUUCUGUUGAUGCAGUGAUUGAGUCUUACCUUGGAGAUGCAUAUGCAGGCGAUCACCCUCAUCAGUCGGAUGUAGAGUUUAUUGAUGCAGAAUCAGAUAAAGGAUCUUGUUCUGUUGAUGCAGUGAUUGAGUCUUACCUUGGAGAUGCAUAUGCAGGUGACCACCCUCAUCAGUCGGAUGUAGAGUUUAUUGAUGCAGAAUCAGAUAAAGGAUCUGGUUCUGUUGAUGCAGUGAUUGCGUCUUACCUUGGAGAUGCACAUGCAGGUGACCACCCUCAUCAGUCGGAUGUAGAGUUUAAUGAUGGAGAGUCAGAUAAAGGAUCCAGUUCUGUUGAUGCAGUGAUUGAGUCUCUCCAUGAAAAUGCACAUGCAGGUGACCACCCUCAUCAGUCAGCUGUAGAGUUUAAUGAUGGAGAGUCAGAGUCUGAUAUGGAUGAUUCUGAUGAAUCUUGGAUUGAUUCAGAUAGUGAUCCUGAUAACUCAUCGAGUAAAAGCGAUUCUGAUAACGCAUCAAGUGAAAGUGAAAAUGAUGAAAACCUUCCAGAUGUUGACAAAAGUGUUUCUAAAAAGGGCAAUCAUCAAGUUCUAAAGAGUAUUGAAAAUAUGAAUUCUCCUCAAAAAAGAAAAAAAACAAGUCUUGAAAAUAUGAAUUCUCCUCAAAAAAGAAAAAAAACUCUGUCAUGUGAAGAAUGUGACUUCGACAUAGAGUAUCCGAACAUUUUUAUCAAAAAGUUCCAAAAAGGGAAUAAUGAAAGAUCAAAAACUGGAAGAACAUACGACCUUGUUCAUUCAUGUAUGUUUUGUCAUGACCUUUAUUCAAACAUCCAAACUCACAUUGAGAAUAAACAUGCCAACAAAAAAGAGGUACAAGAAAUUAAAACCAUGAAACAGAAAAAAGAGUUCUGCAACACAGAAGAGAAAACUGACCUUAUGAAGGAAAUCAAUAGAAAAGUUACCCUGAUUCGCAAUAAGGGAGACAAUAUCCACAAUAUGUCUGUUCUUCAAAAAGGUGAGGGCGAAAUACUACUUUCAAGAAGAACCCAGAAUAAAUUCAGUCUGAAACAAUAUGGGCCUUGUCCGGAAUGUUUUGAAUGGAUUCAGCUUGAGAAAUCAGUUGCAACUCAUAGGACCUCUUGUCCAGCGUUUAAGACAGGUUCAUAUUUCCAGAGCAAAGGGUCUGUUAUCAUUCAGGCUAAAGUUAUGGCAGGAAAAAUCAUUCCAGAAAGUUCAAAAAUUCUUCAAAAAGAAGUUCUUCCAGCGAUGAGAAGAGACAGCAUUACAGACUGUGUUUUGGAGGACCACAUUAUUCUGAUGCUUGGAGAUAUAUGGCUCAGUAAAAACAUAGAUAAUAAAAGAAAACGAAAACAUUAUGCGAGUUACCACAUGCGACUUGCUGGACGCCUCCUUCUCCUUGUUCGAGAAACAACAAACCUAUCUCUUAGUAUGUCGGAUUUUCUGGUACCAAAAUAUUUUGAUGUUUUUGUGUCUUGUGCACUUAAGGCUUGUGAUGGUGUUGACAAGGAGGAAUCUGAUGAAUAUGACUUGGACCACCCAAGCACGGCUUUAAAAAUUGGGUUUGACCUUUGUCGUUUAGCGUCUGUGAAACUUGGAAACAGUAUAAAAUUUGGAGAGGAACAAGGGCGUUUAGAUGCUUCAAACUUUCUAAACCUGAUGAAGUUAGAAUGGACUGUUAAAGUAACAAAAAUUGCAAAAUCAACCCUGAAUGAGCGUCAUUUUAAUGCUCAAAAGAGUCUACCAGAUCCUGAAGACAUUGCAAAAUUAGCAAAGCACAUCACAAAUGAACUUACCAAUUUUGAUGUGGAAAAUAUGACUCCAGAUAAUUAUAGAAAAGGAGUUAUACUCUCCGAAAGUCGACUUCUAUUGUACAACCGUCGAAGACCUGGGGAACUUGAGGCUUUAAGUUUGAAAUGCUACGAAAACAGAUCAAAAGAAAUGUCUGCUGUGGACAAAUCUUUACGCCUGGAUUUGACGGAUUUAGAAAAACAAAUGUUGGACACCCAGCAUGUUAUUGAAGUUCGCGGAAAGACUGGAAAACGAGUGCCAGUUAUUUGCCCUAAAGAAGUCCUGCCAAUAUUACAAUAUUUGGCCAAUCUUACUGCCAGAAGAAAGGGUGGAGUUAAACCAGGAAAUCCUUACUUGUUUGCAAAUACUGCAAAUGGUGUUGUGAAGGCGGGUGAGGCCCUAGAUGACAUCAAAGAAAAAGCUAAUUUGAGAUCUCCACAUCUUAUCUACUGCACUAACUUGAGAAAACACUGUGCGACCAUCGCUCAGGUGAUUGGCCUUCAAGAUCAUGAAAUGAAGUGGCUUUGUCAGCAUUUAGGGCACACGCAAAAAGUCCAUGCAAUUCAUUACAGAGCCACAUCUGGAAUGAUAGAAAGAAUUGAAAUAUCAAAACUCAUGCUGAUGCAAGAGACUAACAGUGUUUCCAAAUUUGCUGGAAAAAAUUUAAGGGACAUACAGUUUGAAGAUAUCCUUGGUGAUUCAGACACCACUAAUGACAGCAAUGAUCUAGUAGAUACCAAUGAUGAAAGCAAUGAUCAUGUAGAUGCGUUAGAUGCAACAUCAGAAAAUCCUAUUGUUUCAGUUUUAGACAAUGACUUUGGCCGAAGGUCCACGAAUAAAGUUACUCGUGUUCAGUGGUCAAAAGAUGAAGAACAGGAAUUGCGGGAAUAUCUUUCAGAUUACAUUGGAAAGAAAUGCCCUGGAAUGAAGGCCUGUAAAUACGCUAUUGAACAAAGUAAAAAAAAUGGAGGAAAAAUUCAGUACAGAAAGUGGGACACAAUUAAGAAAAAAGUUGUUAGAAUGAAUCCUCUAUAGUUAUACAUUCAGAAAGAAUGUUUUAGUGUGUGGACAUUUUCAAAAAGGUACUUGUUAUGUACAUGUUCAGUUUUGAUAUUUUGAAAGCUAUUGUUAGGAAUGAAUCUUAAAUGGAAGAAAUGAACAGUACUUAUAUGUACAAUUUGUUAGUUGAAGGUUUCAAAAGAAAGUUUGUGUAACAGUAGCAUUGUUACUUGACAAUUUCAAGUUGCAUUUUGCUUGAUCUUAAGAGACAAAGGUUUAUUGGUCUUUGCUAAUAUUUUAAACUAUCAAGGACAAGAAAACAUUACAUUUUAUUAAUUGCAUACCUAUGGUUAACGUGUUUAUUUUUAUGCAAAUGUUGGCACAAGAAAGUUUAUGUAAUUUUCUUUUUGUUUUGUCUUAAUUUGUUUAUUGCAUUCUGGAUUGAAUUAUUGGUAUUUUUCGGGAAUUAACAAAUAUAUUCUUGACUAGUAAGAGUUUAUGUAGAUGCAAAGAAAAAUUAGUAUAUAUAUUACCGUGGUUUUAUUAGUUCACAAUAGUGUCAAUAACAACAAAAAUUUGAUAAUGUGUAUUAUUAUACUUUCAUGUUAAAUACUGAAAUCUGAUUGGUUUAGAUGCAGUUGGUAAUCCGUUCUAUUACCCUCAGCGUUAGCAACACACUUGGCAACGGGUAACUCAAUGAAUUGUUACAUGCGCGUAAAUUAUGCGCGUACAGUUCGCCGUAGAAUUCACUUCAUUUCUAUAUAAAACAGUAAAAUUUUCUUUAAAAUUAAGUCAUCCUGUAUAACCAUAUAUAAUUGUUAUACUUUCAUGUAAAAUACUGAAAUCUGAUUGGUUAAGACGCAGUUCAUAAUCUUUUCUAUUACCCUCAGCGUUAGCAACGCACUUAGCAACGGGUAACAUUAAAAAAUGUUACAUGCGCUAAAAUUAUGCACGUACGGUUCGCUGUAGAAUUCACGUUAUUCCUAUAUAAAAGCAGUAAAAUUUUCUUAAAAAUUAAGACAUUCAGUAUAACAAAAUAAAUAGUGCCGGUUUGGGAGGAUAGCCGUUGAAAUUGACACCCAUCGAAUACCAUUGUCAACCUCCGCUUCGCGUCGGUUGACAAUGGUUGUCUCAGGGUGUCAAUUUCAACUGUUACCCUCCAAAACAGGCACUAUUUAUAUAAUAUUUUCUAAAUAUGCUUAUUUCUGUUUUUGUUUUGAUCAUCAUUCUUGGAUAGAAUUCCUGCUUUACAUGUUUAACUUUUGUUUGGAGGGUUUUUUUUUUUUUUAUAAUAGAAGAGACGUUUUGUAUUAUGUAUAUUCAAACUAUAAUGUUUUGCCUUGACCGCCUUUCACUGUUCAUUCAUUGUUACUUCAUCUUCUUUUUUUUUAAGUUCUUAACUUACCUUAAAAAGUUUGAUAUGCACAUUUAAACAUCUGUGUCCAAACCUAUUCAGAGGUCUUGUGUUUGUGUAAACAAAAUAUGACAGUGUUCUAAAAAAUAGAUUUGUUAUGGAGAUGCAGUGUUUAACUUACCUGCUGUCUUAGCUUAUAUCAGUAGUUCAUGCUUGUUCAUGCUUGCAUAUUUUUUUAUUCAUGUGUCAUGACCAUUUAGAGUAUUACUUAGAAAGUGCCAUGUGAGAUAAUUCUUGUGUUUGUGCAACGUGACACAUUUCACUACCUGUAUCUCUUGCUGGUUCUAAUUAUGCUCAGAUAAGAGGAACAGAUUUUGACUAUUAUUUUAAAGUUAAUUGUUGCAAUUUUAACAAGGAAUGUCUCAAGUCAGAAAAGAAUUUUGCCUCUUGAUUGACCUCUUUUAUUUCACCCAGGGCAGAUGCUUUGAUGUAAUGUUCGAACUAGUUUUGUUCAUGCAAUAAAAUGAUUGUUUUUUA